AUGCUGUGCUAGAGCAUCUUUGCAGAGGGACGGUUGUUUCCCAGUUGCCAACUGGCACCUUUGGUACUUCCUUAUUAUCGUCAAUGUGGAACACUGUGUGUGUCUGCGAGAAGGCAUCUUAAUAUGGUUGAAAAGUUGUUGAUCCAUAAACCGGAUGAUCCCAUUGAGUUUAUGAUAACACAUUUAAAGCAGGACAAUGAUGAUGUUCCAAGAAUUUGCAUAGUUGGUCCACCUGCUUCUGGAAAAACCACAAUUGCAAUGUGGCUUUGUAAACAAUUGGAUGCCAUACGCGUCUCUCCAGAGACUUUGCUAUUGGAGGAAUUAUUAGAGCUGACAAAGGAAGCAAGAGCAUAUAAAGAAAGAGAACAGGAAAUUCCCAACGCUCUGUGGACCAAUCUGAUCCAGGAACGUCUGUCAAAUGUGGACUGCAUCAAACGAGGUUGGGUUUUGGAAGGUUUUCCUGAAAACCGAGAACAAGCAUGGAUGCUGCAGUCAGCUGGCAUUGCCCCCAGGCACGUUGUUGUGCUGUAUGCUCCAGACGUGGUGCUGAUUGAGAGGAACCUUGGGAAAAGGGUUGAUCCCUUCACAGAAGAGGUGUACCAUACCACCUUUGACUGGCCAAGCGACCCUCUGGUGCAGCAGCGGUUGGUGGAGCCAGAAGGUGUAUCUGAACAGGAGACCUCAAAGAAACUGCUGGAUUAUCACAGAAAUUUCCCUGGGAUUUUCCAAACCUUCCAUAAAAUAUUAAAAUCGAUCAAUGCAGACCAGCCUUGUGCAGAUGUCUUCUCACAAAUUCUUACCUAUGUCCAAACCCGGCAUCGAUCAGCUGCCCCCUUUACACCACGGAUUCUCUUUUGUGGACCCCCAGGCAGUGGGAAGAGCCUGCAGGCAGCACUAAUAGCUCAGAAAUACGGCAUUGUCAACAUUUGCUGCGGGCAACUGCUAAAGGAAGCUGUUGCAGACAAGACGAAACUUGGAGAACUCGUUAAGCCUUAUUUUGACAAUGGAUGCCCAGUCCCAGAUAACAUUGUUCUAAAGAUACUGGCAGAUCGUCUAAACAGACUAGACUGCAUGACCAGUGGUUGGGUGCUGCACGGUUUCCCAAGGGACCUAGAUCAGGCAGAGCAGCUGGAAAGAAUAAGAAUGAUUCCAAACAGGGUAUUUUUCCUGAAUCUCCCUUAUGAAUCUAUCAUGGAACGUCUGGCUCAGCGGAGGAUUGAUCCAGCCACAGGAGAAAGAUACCACAUUACAUACAAACCAGCUCCCUCUCCAGACAUCCAAGCCCGUCUCAGGCAGAACCCUAAAGACUUAGAAGGAAAGAUUGAGAUGCAUCUGGAAAUCUAUUACAGAAACAUCAAGGACCUGGAAGAGUUUUAUGAAAAUGCCUUUUACGUCAAUGCUGACCAAGACCCUCAUGUCGUCUUUGAGUAUAUAGAGAGCUGUAUCAUUAAACCCCUUCCACAGAAGUCCUGACCUAGAAAGAAUAAGAGCUGUAGCUAAGCCAAGCUGAUAAGCAGGCAAGUUGAUGAUUUGGGUCCCAGAUUUGAGGAUAAUUAAAUCAUUGCAAAGGCUCACAAUUAGUAGGAAUUGUUUUUGUGAACUCUUUUAAAUAAAAGGUGUUUGGUUUUCAAGGUUCCUUGCAGAGUUUGCAAGCCAGUUGUUAGAGCAGUAGGCUAGGGCAGGACAGCUAGGACUCAAACUAGCUAUAUCUAAGUUAAGUGAAGUGCAGAAAAUAGUGACAGCAUCUAUGGCAAAAUGUUUAGCUGGUUCAAGGUCUUUGUGGUUAUGAUCCCAGGCACUAAGUGGCACAGGUAAGGAAGUUUGUUCUUUUUGGAAACGUUUAACCCCCUCCCCUCUUGUCCUUUGCCAAUGCAGGGAUUCAAUAAAAUGUGUGAAAACAUUUAAUGAA